AUGUGCUUCAGCAUUGCCUGCGGGCUGCCGCGUGACCUCGGAACGGGCUGUGGCGGCGGCGGCAGCGGUGGGGGGCCCGUGGCGGGAUCAACCGGAGGGGGGGGGUACAACCCGUCCGUGCCCACGGCGUAUGGGGUCCCGAACCACACGGUGCGCGCCCGCGCGCUAGACGCGGCGCUCAUGAUCUGCAAGCCUCCCGGGUUUAGCAGCCCUGGUCAACCGGCCGGCGGGGGGAUCGGGAUCGGGGGCGGGGGCGGGGUGGCGGCUACCGCUGGGGGCGUCAUCAUGGGGGAGAAGUUCACCAACAGCGCUCUCCACAAUGGCCUCCAGCUGUUCAUCGGCCGCCUCUUGAGGCCGUUCUGGUUCCUGCCGGUAGUUGUGGCGCCGCCAGGCGGCAGCGGCGGUGGGGCUAAACGGUCCGCCGACGGGACUGUCAAGAGCGGCGGUUCGCCACCGCCGCCGCCGUUCGUCCGGGACCUCGAGGCUCUGCGCGUCCCGCUGGAGUCUCUGAGGGCAAGCAUCCGCGCGGUCUUCCCCCGCGCCGUGGGCGAAGACCUCGCGGCCCUGGCAAGCAGAGAGGCCAAGGCGGCCGCGGCGGUGCCGGCGAGCGGGGGGCUUCUCGGCAACGGCGGCUCGGCGGGUAGGGCGGCGGCGGGCGGGCUGGUGGUGGCCCCCGGAGGAUACCCGACGCCGGAGACCCCGCAGCAGCGGAACCAGAAGGCGCUCAAGCGGGAGGCGCUGGAGGUCCACGCUGCGUACCGGCUGGUCUCCCGCGCGGCGGAGGCGGUCCGGAUGGCCGGGGUCCUCGCCCGCGCGGCGGCAUCCUCCGCCGUUGGCGGCGCCGCCGCCGUCGACAACGUCCCCUGGUCCUCGCUCGACGGAGUCCCGCUGUGGCGGCUCGUCACGGGGGGAGACGAGCACCGGCGGGCGUCGUUCCUUCUCGCCGACCUGGUGGGCGCCACCACUAAGGGCAACAACAACGCGGAGUCCCGCAGGGACUACGCCAGGGAGCUAGGGUCCUGGUGCCGCGGGUUCUUCGGGGCCGGCGACCGGCAGACCUUCGAGGGCGUCGAGCUUCUGCGGCGAGCGGCGGCGAGCGGUAGCGGUAGCAGUAGCGGUAGCGGUAGGCUGACAGCGGCGGCGGAGGCGGACGCGCGGCGGGGGGCCGAGCUUCUGGCCGAGGCGGCCCGGGAGUGGCGCGGGGAGCGGGCGCUGGGUGCCGACGGCCAGCUCGCGCGCGCGUGCGCCGCGCUGACCGCGGUCGGGCGGCUCGAGGCCGUCGUGGACGUGUGCAUGACGUGCGCCAAGAACUUCGGGGAGGGAGUGGUGGCGUCCGGCGGCGGAGGACAGGGGGGCGGGGGCGGCCUUGAGGCGUGGGAGGAAGGCGUUUAUCAGGGCGGGGGCAUUGUUGGUGCGGAGCAGAGGGAGAAGGCAAGGCUGGAGUGCUAUAAGAGGGUGCUCGAGGCUGUGGUUGGCCUGCUGAAGCAGGAGCGGCAGCAGCUGCGGUCGGCGGCAGCGGCGGCGGCGGCGGCGGGGCAGGGUGGAGUGCGCGGUUCGAAGAAGGUGGACAGUCUCAUCGCGCGGUGCCUGUCGUACAAGGCUCCGCUGCUAGAGGAGAUGCUGUUCGGGGUGUUGGAGGAGCACGACAAGAAGCUGCUGUUGAGCAUCAGGACCCCGGGCGUGGAGCAGUACUUAAAGAGAGACCCCGAGGACCUGUUCAGGCACUACAUGCUCAGCAAGGACUACCCCAAGGCGGUCCAUCUGAUGGAUCGCGAGGCCCGCGUUGAGGCCGGGAGCGGCGUGCACGUGCGGCACCGCGUGGAAUGUCUGCUCAAGGCCAUCUCGGCUUGCCACAAGUGCGACCUCGACUCUGCCCAGAUGGUGGCUCCCGGGUGGAGCCUGAACCACGCCAAGCUCCGCACGAUGGAGGACGAGAGAGACGUGCUGCUCGUGCAGGAACGGCUUCUGUCCGAGCUUAAGGCCACGAUGGCUCCACUCGAGCGCUUGGCUCAGGAGGGCCGUGGCACCGAGGGUCUGAUCGCCGAGCUGUCAGAGAGAAGACGUAUCGCGGAGACGUGGACGACCGACAUUGUAGACCCUUCGGAGCUGUACAGGCAAGCCUCUGGCUCCUUCCUGUGGGAGGGUUGCCUCCGGCUGAUGCAGUGCUGCGAGUUCGACGAGCCGAUCGUGGCUAAGAGGCUCAUCAGGUCCAUUAUCUGGCGAGAGGUACCCUCCGUGAGCCGAGGGGGCUCUAAGUGCCGCGCGCAGGUGUUCAUCUCCUCCAUGAGGGAUCGCCCGGGCGAAGUGGAAGUGGACGAUGUCCGGCAGGAGUUGGACAGGGGACUUGGCGGCGGCGGUGGGGAUGGGGGUACGAGGGCCGGGAGGCGAAUCGCUUUCGAGGACGACGGUUGGUUCACCCCUUUGCUGGACAAGAUGUCGGUGCUGUCGCAAGAGCUGCUGGCGCACAAGGCAAGCUUCGUGCUCUCCGUGGAAACGCUGUGCCUCGAGCUGCAGAUGAUAGCCGACGAGUUUCACGAAGCUGGGGGGUCGGCGUCGGCUUUGUGUGUGGUUGAGGCGGUUGGCCGGGCGGGCUUGUCGGCGUUGGCCCUGCUCGAUGCGUACGAGUACCUCAACCAGCACCACUACCCGUCCGACGAUCACGCGAGGCUGAGGCGGUUCGCCGUGAUGGCUCGGCUGCUAGAGCUGGCUGCCGCUGGCGGCGACGGUAACAAGGCGGCGACGGGGGGCGUCGGGCUCGUCUCGGAGACCAUCCGGCCGGAGAGGCUGGAGCGCCUGGCCCACGACACCCUUGCCGGCCUCGACUCUCUCCGCUUCUCCUCGUCCGCGGGCGCUGCCCGUGGGGAUGACGCGGACAGGGAUGCCGGUGCCCGCGAGCUUGUGGAAGAGGUCAGACGGAAGGUGGACAAGCUGGUACGGUCCCCUCGAUUCCCGCGGAACGGCAGCAGGAUUAGCAGGCCUUACUUUUGAUCAGGGGUUGUUGGUGUGAGGAGUGAUAUUUGUAUUUGUUUUGUUUUUUUCGAAGCUUGUACACCCGUUUUUUUUCGGGUUUAUGGCCGUUGACUGAUCACGGAAUUAGGAACGGUCAGUUGGACCGUAGUUUUCUUGGUGGAAAUUGGUUUUUGUGACGAGUCUCGUUGUUCAUUUUGUUUCUUUGAAGUGGCGCAUGUACCCGUUUUUGGGGUAUUUGGCCUGUGAAAGACCACGGAAGAAGGCGCCCACGUCAGGUGGACCGGUACGGGCGUUUGGGGGACGUACUGAGCACAGACCGGGACGUUUGUUUAAUGCCAAGACGAAACACAACAGCAGCAGCAGCAGUAGCAGCUGCAGCUGCACUCCUCCUGGGUAACUUGUUUGUCUGGUUGGUUGGUUGCUGUUGCCGCAGCCGCGGAUGUUUUUUGUUGGCGUGUGAAGGGGAGAGUCGGCUUGAAAGGAGGGAAAAGCCAUGAGCAAAAAAUGUGUCUAGUUUGACCGAUCGUUUUUUUCUCGCAGUUGCUGCUAUGGUGUUUCUUUCACGCACCAAGGUGUCUGGCGAAAUAUGUUUACUCUCCUCCGUGAGUUUGCACGUUUCUUUCAGCGUGAUGACCGCCGGAUUUUGGUUGUGCGGCUCGAAGUCGUUGACACGUACGCAUACGUAUGUUCUUCCCGAGGGCGUCGCCAGAUGAACUCGUAACGGACGCACGUUUUCGUCUAAUUUUUUUUUUCGUGCGACGGUUCGUCCGGGUGUUAUUUAGGUUCUGUGGAGGAGUGGGGGACUAGAGCAUACCCAUUCCCAUCCGGUUGGGAUGUCUGAUGUUGUGCUUUAAGGCAGACGAGACGAGAGCUGCCUUCCCUUGCUUCCUCUCGCCCUCUUGCGUGCUUUGCAUGAUGUACCACUUGUCGUAGAUUGGUCGUGUGGUUUCGUUGAGUUUGAUCCGCCCCCCUCCCCCCUUAGACACGUUUGGCAAAAUAGGAAGGAGCGUUUGGCCGUCGUUGAUCGGUCCUCUGUGGGAACGGCGAUCCUUCCCCCAGAGGACACGUGGUCAAUGGUCCAACAAGUAGUGCAUGUGACAGACAUGAGUACGGCCCCCUCCCCUCCGUUUGCUUUGGUAUCUAGUCUGCCUUUGGGGGGACGAGGACUGGACCGAGGAGAUGGUUGACAGCGGGAUGACUUCCAUCGUCAAGAGCCGAGCAACAUUGUUGCCGAAGGCCUGUAAUAGUUGGUUUUAUCACUUUUUCUUAGGAGGGAAGGUCGGGACUAGUGGCUUCUUCUCUCCCUCAGUGUGUGUGGUCCGUUUCUCAUGUCUUGUUGGCAUGUGGCUGCAAUAGUCGGGCGCGGAGUCCAAUCGGACGUGCCGAUCGAAAGGUCUUUUUCUUUUGCGGAAGGUUCGAAAAGACACCUUGUUGUUUUUGGGGUACGCACAUCCAUCAGUAGUAGUAGGUGGUGAAUCUAUCGGCACCGGUAAUAGUUAGGUGGAGAGAUGACCGUUAAAAAAAAAAUGGGGGCCCACCGGUUGAUGGACGGACCCCUUUGUGAAC